CGUCAGCUUCAUGAUCGAUUCUGAAUUUUUUUGAUAAUUGACAUCGUCGUAUUGAAUAAAGCGCAGUAAAAAUUUUCGAAACGCGUGAGAAGUCUUUGUCAAGUAUCAAUCAUUUUGAUUGAUAUAAAUAAUCAUGAUAUCAAUCAUCGAAAAUUAUUUUGAUUUCGAUUUGAAAUAAAAAAAAAAAUAAUAAAAUUCAUUAUAUUAUUCUUUAGUUAUUACUACAAAAGUUAUUACAUCAUUGUAGAAAAAAAAAGUGAUAUAAAGUAGAAGUCUUAAAAUAAAGUUAUAAAAUCAAUAAUUUUGACUAACGCAAUAGUUCUAAUAAUAAUAUUUUCGUAAUACGUGACAAAGAGAGAAUUAGGUUUGUUUCAACUCUAUGUGUACUUUUAUUCGGUACAAUUUCAAUGAUUCUCACAAUUGUCUUAUCACAUUUUUUGUUCUUAGAGAAUUUUUCAUUUUUGAUAUAAUUCAUUCAAGAAAAGUUACGGAAUAUAUCAAUUUAUUUGGAAGUUACAAAUAUAGAAACAUACAUUUAUUCGUGAUAGACACGGUUUAGAUAAAUAAAUCUUGUGAUUAUUGUUGAUUUAAAAUCGAUCGCGUUGAAUACACACCGAUUUAAAUUUUUAUAUGGGACAACAAAAAACUUUCAUGGCAUCAAUAUGGACAUGAUUGGAACAAAAGGAAUGAAACUUAGGCCAGGAGUAGAUAAUGAAAGCACGACUGGACAUAUUAAUAAGGACGAAUUUGUUUCCGUAUAUUUAGCAAUAAAUAAACAGUCAUCUUUAUUUAUCGAAAGACAUAGGUAUAUAAUAAUUUAAACAAUUAUUCUAGAUUUAUUUUUUAGUUUUUCUCGGAUAAGGCCUUCAAAUAUAGGUCUUUCUUUCUCUCCUGCUAUCUCUCUCUUUCUUUUCUAUUUUCUCAGGUAUAUAUAUAUAUAUCUAUUCUACGAAUAGAAUAAGGAAAAACCUGCAUACGCAUCGCAGGAGUAAUCCUAACGUGGACUUCAUUUUAUUCUUCGAAAUUCGAAAAUUAAGAACGGUCGUGCUUAAUAAUGAAUUCUCGGUAAGAUCGUAUCACUUUAGAACGAAGAUUUCAAAAUUGAGUGACUAUGGAUCUUUAGAUGGAGUAAUCUCCAUGUGGUGAGACCUAAGUUUAUCCUUGCAAUAUAUAGUAAUCUAAUUCGAUGCAAAUACUAUCGGGCGAAUGGUUGCAUAUUUCAAUACAUUUUCAAAAUCUUUUUAACUAAUUCUAAUUAAACAUUAUAGUACUUAUAUUUUACAUUCUUAAUCAUAUUUCGAUAGAUAUAUAGAUUAGUAGAAUUUUUAAAUAAUUUCUUGAAAAAAGCAUUGAUAAAUACUAAUUUCUUUAUUCCAUUUUAUUCUGAUUUAUUUUCAUUUUUUCAGAUUAAAUACUAUAUUUUCUAUUGUACUUAUGUUGUAAUUAUAUUCGUGAUUAUAUAUUUUCGAAUUCUAUGUAAUAAGAAUUUUCUGUUUACCGUUACUGCUAUUAUCUUUUAUAUAUUAUAUUUUAGUUAUUCCAUCGCAAAUAAUAUCGUCCUAAUGAUUGUUUAAUACUUUUUAAUUAUUUGUAUAAAUUUAAAUAAAUUAAGAUAGUAAAAUUUAUAUUUAUAUGUAUAUUUAAAUUAUACAGUAAAAUUAUCAAGGACUUUUCAAUUUAGUUUAUCAUCAGAGAAGUAUAAUAUUUUCUUACCGUUAUCGAAUGUACUAUUUUUAUUACAUACAAACAUUUUUUUUACAUAUCUUGUAUUGAUUGUUUGUUUAUAUUGUAGGGAGUUUACACGCCGAUGCUGUGAUAUGGACAGUAUUUCUCUAUUGUACUUGUAGUUUAUAUUUUGUCCGAUUGGUAAGUCGUAUUUUAUCGCUGAACAAAAGGUAACGUUACGAACAAAAGGUAACGAAGAGUCCUGUACUCUCUCUUUACUAUUUUGAAAUCGUUUGCGCUUGCAUGAUAUAAGAAAAAGUUUUUUCUCUAUAAGUAUAAUAAAAAUAAAUUACUUAUAAAAAUGAUGAUCAACGUCAACAAACAAAAUUUCCAAAAACUGUAUCCGACAAUAAAGACUUCUUUAGAAAACGCACAGGUUAUUGCUAUCGAUGCAGAAUUUAGUGGAUUAGAAAGUGAUGAUUCUUCAAAGUCAAGUCUUUUUGAUACUAUAGAAGAAAGAUACCAAAAGUUAAGAAAAAAUUGUGAAAAAUUUAUAAUUGUUCAAUUUGGUAUUACUUGCAUCGAACAAGUACCUUGUCAGAAUGAAUAUAAUACUAAAAUAUUCAAAUUUUUCCUUUUUCCUGCAUCUAUACCAAUAAAAAACAGACAAUUCUUAUGGCAAGUUGCAGCAAUAGAGUUUUUAUCUUUAAGUGGCUUCAAUUUUAACAAGGUGGCUUAUGAUGGUAUCUCGUACCUUAAUGAAGUUGAAGAAUUUACAUUUAAACGAUAUUUAGAAGAUAAUAAUAUGAUCAGAAAUAUUAAUAAUAUGUCAUACAAAGAGGGAGAUGAAAUUAAAAGGGCCAUUGAUAAUGUAGCUAACUGGUUAGAAUUUUCUGGUGAUCCAGAUGAGGAUCCAGAAUAUAUUGUCUUGAAAAUUUCUGUAAGUUCUGUUAAUUUGCAAUACCUUCUGCAGAAAAUAUUACGAAGUCGUUUUUCAAGAAUCUGGACCACAUAUAAUAACGAAGAGAUAACAGUAAUUAAGGUAUCAUUAGAGAUACGAAGAAUGUUAGAAAGAGAAGAAGGAGACAUAUUAAACAAGGCCUUGUUAGAUUCAUAUAUAGGAUUUUCAAAAGUAUUUAAGCUCUUGGUCGAGUUAAAGAAACCUAUUGUUGGACAUAAUAUUUUACUUGAUCUGAUAUAUAUGUUCAAAUUAUUUUAUAAACCUUUACCAAAGAGAUAUAAUGAAUUUAAGGUUGAAGUACAUCGUUUAUUUCCCAUUAUUUAUGAUACCAAAUAUUUAAGUUACCAACUGAGAGAUGAAAUUUCAUUGUUUCCACCAGGUUCCCCAUAUACGCUUGAUGCUCUUUAUAAAUUCUUUUCUGAAGAAAGGAGGAGAUUUAUAUUAAAUUCACCUAUUAUAGAAACUAAUUAUAAACUAGGAGAUGUAGUCCCUCAUGAUUCCGGUUGGGACUCAUACUUUACUGGAUAUAUAUUUAUUAAAAUGGCACAUGUAAUUGCUGUCAAAAAAUAUGGAAAGGGUUUAGAAUAUAGAUCUGUAACCAACACAGAAGUAUUGAAUAGUUUACAAGAGUACUUAAAUUGUAUAAACUUAUCACGUGCUUCCACUUUUUAUUUGAAACUUGAUGGUAAAGAUCCAAAAUCAGAAAGACCACAGUGGCUGUUUGUAAGAACAUCGGUGAAUUAUGAUAUAGAUCAGAUUAUCCAGAAAUUAUCCGCUUUUGGAACUGUUGAUGUAAAAUCUUUCAUAGAAGGUUGUGCUUUGGUAGCUGUUGCAAAUCAUGGGAGUAUGGAGCUGUUUCGAAGCAAGGUGGCAGACCUAUUUUGGAUCCUCUCCAAGGGCAGUCGCGUCUACUCGUCGUUGCAUUUACAAAUUGUUACUUUGUUGCACGUGAUUUCUUCUUCGUACGUCUUAACUACGGUGACCUGGAAUUUUGAGAAACUUAUGAUUUUCCGAGCCCGUUUACGAGGAAACGAUUAUCGUUUGAUCGGUAAUAAAUAUAGAAGAAAGUUAAAGGAAGCAGCUGUAAAAGUGACACCAGGAGAAAAAAGAAAACAGAGGUAAGCGACCUAACAUCGACGCAGAUUAUUAUUGGUCAAUUGGAUAACAAUAGAGCUCAUACCAAUCGUCGAUAUUUUUUAACAUAUUCGAUCGAAUUCCUUCGUUUUAACGGAGAUAUUCUGCGAUUCAUGGAAAUAGCUAGGAAUGGAAAAAUGUUUACAAGGUAAAUCAAUUUUAUCUACACAUCUAAUCGUUAUGAUAGUUGGAUGUACCUAAUCAUAACAUCUUUGGAUCAGGAUUUAUUAUUUCAGUCAGUAUCUUCAAUGAUCAAGAACCAUCUUCUAUUUUUGUUAUAAUAAAUUCGUGAAUGUUAA